AUGAUGCUGAGGCUACCCCUUGCUCCCGCCGCCGAUGCUCCUACCACCACUGAGCCCGCCGCCGCCGAGACCGAGGAGACUCCUGCUCCUGCUGCUGCUACUGAGCCAGCUGCUGAUGCUCCCGCUGAAGAGCCAAAGCCAGAGGAGAAGAAGGCUGAGACUCCCGUCAAGUCCAAGCGUACCUCCAUCUUCGGCAAUUUCUUCCAGAAGUUCCCCAAGGAAGACCAGGACAAGGCCAAGAAGGAGGUCGUUGCUGAGACCCCAGCCGUCUCCAGCACCGCUCCUCAGCUCGGCGAUCCUGUCGAUGCCUCCACCUCUGAGCCAAUCAAGCCUGAGACUGUCACUGCUCCCACCGAGGAGGCCACCGACAAGGUCGAGAAGACCGAAGAGGUCACCACCCCAACCUCUGGCAACAAGUUCCUCUCCUUCAUGAAGAAGUCUGACAAGACCGAGAAGGUUGAGAAGACUGAGAAGACCGCCACUGAGACCGUCGAGAAGAAGGUCGACGAGGCCGUUACCAAGGCUGACGAGACCGUCACUGCUGCCGCUGACGCCGUUGUUCCUGGCCUCAAGGAGAAGCGCCGCACCUCUCUCUUCGGCACCCUCGGUGGCAAGAAGGAGAAGAAGCCCGAAGUUGAGGGUGAAGCCUCUGAGGGCGAGACCGCCAAGAAGUCUGGCACCCUCUCCCAGCUCUUCCGCAAGCCCAGCAAGGCCGUCAAGAAGGAGAAGGAGCCUGCUGUCACCCCAGCUCCCGAGACUGAGCCCAUUGCCGAGGAGCCUUCCACCGAGGCCCCAGCUACCACCACCACCACUGAGCCAGCCACCAACGGCGAAGAGCAAAAGACCACCGAAGCUCCUGCUUCCGCUGAGCCCGCCCCUGUCGCUGCCUCUCAGCCCGUCCCCACUGCCGCAUGA